AUGGCUACAAUAACACCUACAGACCCUCUCCAUGCAUCCACUAAUCCAGACGAAUCCACCAUGAACACUGGUCAAGGUUCUACCAUUCAGCGACAAUCCUUUAUCGUUCCUUUCGAUGCCGAAAAUCCAUAUUACCUCCACUCUUCUGAUGGUACGGGCACCACGCUCGUUGGCAAUGUUCUCACCGGCAUUGAUAACUACAAUUCUUGGGCACGAGCGAUGACAAUGGCCCUUAAAGGGCGCAAUAAAUUUUGUUUUGUUGACGGAUCCUUUCCCAUGCCAGAUGUUGCACAUCCCGAUCACGCUCGUUGGCAUCGGGUGAACAACAUGGUGAUGUCAUGGAUCCUCAAUUCAAUACACUCGUCCCUGGCUAACACAGUCCUAUAUGCCACCGACGCUGCCUCUGCUUGGAAAGAUUUACAGGAACGAUUUUCUACCGCGAAUGGACCUCGCAUCUAUGAAAUUGAAAAGCGCAUAGCCACUUUUUCCCAACGUGAUGCAUCCAUAGCAGACUACCAUAAUCAUUUGAGUGCACUUUGGGACGAAUUAAACCUGUUGGAUCCUCCACCCAAAUGUUCGUGCUCUGCUCGCCAGGAAUACACUGCACAAGUGGAGCGUCACCGACUGAUGCAAUUUCUCAUGGGCCUUCGAGACACUUUUGCUCAACCACGGAGUCAACUAUUGCUUAAUGGUACACUUCCUACUGUUAAAAAUGCUUACUCAUUGUUGUUGCAAGAUGAAUCACAACGUGUACAGAGCGAAAGUUACGGACAUGUAGUGGAUCAUUCGGCUCUUUAG